UAUCCCUCUGUGGAAAGCCUCUGGACGCUCUCUUUUGGAUCUUCACAGAGAGGAGCGUCCCGACUGCGAGCGUCUGAGGCUGUUCAGACUUCACUGUUGAAGCUGCACUUGUGAAAACCCACCGACGGCUGCCAGCAUGAAUAAUGGAUCCAACCGAACUAUUGACCCGAGCUGCAGGGACAAACCUCCCCUCGCCAUCGACAUCAUCCUCAACUUGGACAUCUUUGGCAUCCUCCUGUACUCUGUGCUCACCUUCAUGGCCGCAGUGUCCGUGCUGGUCUUCAUAGAGGAGUGUAUCUACAUCUACAGGAAAGUCCCCGCCAACAAGAAGAGUGUGAUCAUCUGGGUGAAUGGGGCAGCACCAGUGAUUGGCACCAUGUCGUGUCUGGGGAUGUGGAUCCCCAGAGCCACCAUGUUUACAGAUAUGACCUCUGCUUGCUACUUUGCCGUCGUGGUUUUCAAGUUCCUGAUCCUGAUGCUGGAGGAGGUGGGUGGUGACGAGGCCUUCCUGAAGCGAGCAGGGAGACAUAAACUGAAGAUCAGCACGGGGCCUUGCUGCUGCUGCUGCCUCUGCCUGCCAUAUGUUGCCAUCACACGGCGUACUCUCUUCCUGCUCAAACUUGGCUCCUUCCAGUUUGCGCUCCUGAAACUUGUCUUCACCGUCCUUUCCAUUGUCCUCUAUACCAACGGGACUUUUGAUCUUUCUGAUCUGAGCAUUACCGGAGCUGCUAUAUGGAUCAACCCGUUUGUGGGCAUCUUGACAAUCAUAGCUCUGUGGCCUGUAGCAAUCAUGUUCAUGCACCUGAGGGUUACCCUGCGUUCACUUAAGAUCAUCCCCAAAUACGCCAUGUACCAGCUGGUGCUGAUCCUGAGUCAGCUGCAGUCAGCUAUCAUCAACAUCUUGGCUUUGAACGGAACGAUCGCCUGCACUCCGCCCUUCUCCUCCGCAGCCAGAGGAUACAUGAUGAGUCAGCAGCUUCUGAUCCUGGAGAUGUUCAUCAUCACGCUGGUAACACGUCUGCUGUAUCGUCGACAGUACGACCCUUUACCCGCCGAAGAGUGCGACGACAACGAAAACACCAAAAUGGCUGCCAUACCUGGAUCUGCAUGAGAACUCUGAAUGUGUGGGUGUGAGAGUGUGAGUGUGUGUGUGAGUGUGUCAUUUGUACUUCCUGCAUGUAUUUGAUUAGGAGAUGAAAUAAGUAAAUACAAGCAAUAAAUAUAAAUAUGAAUUAUAUGGACA